UCCGCAGUCUGGGCCGCUGGGUGCAGAAGCUGCCGCAGCCCCGGCGGCCAGUGCCGCCUCCCCCAAUCCGGAUACCCAUUGUCUCCCACUCCACCUGGCCCUCCACCUCCCACACAACCAUGGCGCACGAAGCCGGGAGGAGCUCUCGUCUCGGGGGGCCCUGCGGGGAGCCGGCGGAGCUUGGAGGUGAUGCUAGCGAGGAGGACCACCCCCAAGUCUGUGCCAAGUGCUGCGCACAAUUCACUGACCCAGCUGAAUUCCUCGCCCACCAGAAUGCAUGUUCUCCUGACCCCCCUGUAAUGGUGAUAAUUGGGGGCCAGGAGAACCCCAACAACUCUUCGACCUCUUCUGAACCCCGACCUGAGGGCCACAGCAGUCCCCAGGUCAUGGAGGCCGAGCAGAGCAACCCGUCGGAUUCCGGGUCCUCUGUACCCACAGAUCCCACCUGGGGCCCAGAGCGGAGGGGAGAGGAGUCUUCGGGGCACUUUCUCGUAGCUGCCACAGGUACAGCAGCUGGGGGAGGUGGGGGCCUGAUCUUGGCCAGCCCUAAGCUAGGAGCAACUCCAUUACCUCCAGAAUCCACUCCUGCACCACCACCCCCUCCACCUCCUCCUCCGCCCCCAGGUGUAGGCAGCGGCCACUUGAACAUCCCUCUGAUCUUGGAAGAGCUCCGGGUACUGCAGCAGCGGCAGAUCCAUCAGAUGCAGAUGACUGAGCAAAUCUGCCGGCAGGUGCUGCUGCUUGGCUCCUUAGGCCAGACAGUGGGCACCCCUUCCAGCCCCUCCGAGUUACCUGGGACAGCCGCCGUCUCCUCCACCAAGCCUUUGCUCCCCCUCUUCAGCCCCAUCAAGCCUGUCCAAACUGGCAAGACACUGGCGCCUUCCUCCACCUCCUCUUCCUCAGGGGCGGAAACACCCAAGCAGGCUUUCUUCCACCUUUAUCAUCCACUGGGGUCACAGCACCCUUUUGCUGCCGGAGGGGUCGGGCGAAGCCACAAACCCACCCCUGCCCCCUCCCCGGCCCUGUCAGGCAGCACAGAUCAGCUGAUUGCCUCGCCUCAUCUGGCAUUCCCAGGCACCACGGGACUACUGGCAGCACAGUGUCUUGGGGCAGCCCGGGGCCUCGAGGCUACUGCCUCCCCAGGGCUCCUGAAGCCAAAGAAUGGAGGUGGUGAGCUGGGCUAUGGGGAAUUGAUGGGUCCCUUGGAGAAGCCUGGUGGACGGCACAAAUGCCGCUUCUGUGCCAAAGUAUUUGGCAGUGACAGUGCCCUGCAGAUCCACCUGCGUUCCCACACAGGUGAGAGGCCCUAUAAGUGUAAUGUCUGUGGCAACCGCUUUACCACGCGUGGCAACCUCAAAGUGCAUUUCCACCGGCAUCGGGAGAAGUACCCGCACGUGCAGAUGAACCCUCACCCGGUACCAGAGCAUCUGGACUACGUCAUCACCAGCAGCGGCCUGCCCUAUGGUAUGUCCGUGCCACCAGAGAAGGCCGAGGAGGAGGCGGCCAUGCCAGGUGGUGGUGUGGAACGCAAGCCUCUGGUGGCCUCCACCACGGCACUCAGUGCCACAGAGAGCCUGACGCUGCUCUCCACCGGGGCAGGCACAGCCACGGCUCCUGCGCUCCCUGCUUUCAAUAAGUUCGUGCUCAUGAAAGCGGUAGAGCCAAAGAGUAAAGCUGAUGAAAACACCCCACCCGGGAGCGAGGGCUCAGCCAUCGCCGGGGUGGCAGAAAGUGGCACAGCAACCCGCAUGCAGCUAAGUAAGCUGGUGACUUCGCUACCCAGCUGGGCCCUGCUUACCAACCACUUUAAGUCCACUGGUAGCUUCCCCUUUCCUUAUGUGCUAGAGCCCUUGGGGGCUUCACCCUCUGAGACCUCCAAGCUGCAGCAACUGGUAGAGAAGAUUGACCGUCAAGGAGCCGUGGCAGUGGCCUCUACUGCUUCGGGAGCCUCCACAACCUCUGCCCCUGCAACUUCAUCCUCAGCCUCAUCGGGACCUAACCAGUGUGUCAUUUGCCUUCGGGUGCUGAGCUGUCCUCGAGCGCUGCGCCUGCAUUACGGCCAACAUGGAGGUGAGCGGCCCUUUAAAUGCAAAGUGUGUGGCAGAGCUUUCUCUACCCGGGGCAAUCUGCGUGCACAUUUCGUGGGCCACAAGGCUAGUCCAGCUGCCCGGGCCCAGAACUCCUGCCCCAUUUGCCAGAAGAAGUUCACCAAUGCUGUUACUCUGCAGCAGCAUGUUCGGAUGCACCUGGGGGGCCAGAUCCCCAACGGUGGUACCACGCUCCCUGAAGGUGGGGGAACUGCCCAGGAGAACGGCCCUGAGCAGUCUGCGGUCUCAGGGGCGGGGAGCUUCCCCCAGCAGCCAUCCCAGCAGCCAUCCCCAGAAGAGGAGUUGUCCGAAGAGGAAGAAGAGGACGAAGAAGAAGAGGAAGACGUGACUGAUGAAGAUUCCCUGGCAGGGAGAGGCUCCGAGAGUGGAGGUGAGAAGGCGAUAUCAGUGCGUGGUGAUUCAGAAGAGGCCUCCGGGGCAGAGGAGGAAGUGGGAACUGUGGUGGCAGUGGCCACAGCUGGGAAGGAGAUGGACAGUAAUGAGAAAACGAUUCAACAGCCUUCUCUGCCGCCGCCGCCUGACAGCCUGGAUCGAACGCAGCCAGUGGAGCAGGGCGGCAGUGAUGUUGCAGGAGGCACAGAAGAGGGGGGCAAACCGGAGAGGAGCGCCAGCCCCGUGUCAGCGUUGGCCCUAGAAGGGGAAGGCAGCAGCCCCACCUUGGUGGAGGAGCUGAGCCUGCAGGAAGCGAUGAGAAAGGAGCCCGGAGAGAGCAGUAGCAGAAAGGCCUGUGAGGUGUGUGGCCAGACCUUUCCCACCCAGGCAGCUCUGGAGGAGCAUCAGAAGACCCACCCCAAGGAGGGGCCGCUCUUCACUUGUGUUUUCUGCAGGCAGGGCUUUCUCGAACGGGCUACCCUCAAGAAGCAUAUGCUGCUGGCUCACCACCAGGUACAGCCCUUUGCCCCCCACGGCCCUCAGAAUAUUGCUGCUCUUUCCUUGGUCCCUGGCUGCUCAUCCUCCAUCACUUCCCCAGGGCUCUCCCCAUUUCCCCGAAAAGAUGACCCCACGAUCCCAUGAGCCUGUUUUUCUGAACCUGCUGCCCCUUGACCCCGGGGGCAGAAACUGAGAGCUCUGUAGAAGGACCUCCAAGAUCUGUGAGCCCUUAUUUGUCUAUUUCUCUGAGUUCUUAUAUGAUGUGUCCCUAGUGGCUUUUCUCUAAUCCCUGAGCUUUGAAAUCCUUGUGCUUACAGGGGGGUGGCCCCCUGAGAAACUUUUCUUUCCUCUUCAUUCACUGUACCUGAGGAAAAUAGAUUCUCUACAGCUUUCACAUUCCCAAGAAGAACCCUCUCCGCCCUCCCUGGGAAUGACCCUUCUACCCUCUCCUCUCCCUUUCCCUGUGGCAGGUGCAUCUGAGCACCCACAUUUGGAAUUAUAGCCCAGCCCGAAGGGGCCAGCAGCUGUCCCUGGAGGGCCUAGGGCCACUCCUCUCUGGUGACCAGGUCAACCUGCAGGACUUCUUGUCCCAGGGCAUUCCUGCCCAGCUGGUGAGGGUGGGCUCCCUGUCUUGCUGAAACCAGGACACGGCUUUACUGUCAAGUGACCUGCCCACCAAGCCCCAGAGUUCCAGCUCCAUCUCCAUCUCCAUCUCCACUACCCCUUCAGGCCCCACACCACCAGUGCUGUUUGGCCCAGGAACUGUGGCUGAGAAGUUGCCUCCAGCAAUGGGAUCCAGAGAAGCCAAGGAAAAGAGAUUCCCCCCUCCUUUUCUUUUGGCCUCUGGCAUCCAAGACAGUGCCUGAGAAAGCCCAUCAUAGAAGAGAAGUAGCAAACCGUACAUUUCUUCUCCUUCCCCCUGCUCCAGAAGGUGCCGACAAUGAAGAUGCAACAAUAUCAGUAUCUGGUGGCUCCGCCCCAGGGUGUAGGGAGAAACGAAGGGCAUAGGACACUCUUCCCAGUAGUAAGGCACUAAUGUGCCUUCGUCACGUUAAGGCAAAGGUGUUGGCUGGUUAAUAUGCCAAGAUAUUUUGAGCUUGUCAUAUCUUUCAUCCUUGCCUCUGAGUUAGGAAACAAGUGGAUUUCUUGCUGAGAGGUCUCCCAUGGGAUGGAUAUUUUGGGGAAGGAAAGGUGAAGUUCAUAUCUUUAACAAGCAUUGUUGAUGAGGGUUAGCUGAAGGAAUAAUGGAGCGUUUAGGAGUGUUGCUAAAGCAUAGGGCUUGCUGAGAACCUAUGUGAUUAAGAAAGGGGUGUGAUAUAAGGGAGGGGACCUCAAACUCUUAAUUGGAUGGGUUGAUGGGUCUCAUGAAUGUUCUUUUGAACUAAUGGUGACUUUAGUGUGCAGCAAUGCACCAUGGAUCAUGGGGGAUUUCCUAGCACUAGUGUGCUUCUAGUUUUAGAUAACUCCCUCCGCUAUUCCCUGGCCCCUUGUAUUUUCCUCAUCUUCCUCUUUCAAGGUCCACUUCCUUCCCAUUUUGCUUGUCCACGGACCGGGGCUUAUGUCUUUGCCACUGUCUGGUUCUUAGAGUCCCAGACUUUGGGAGAUGAGCCCUAGGUGCUGUCCUCCCUGCCUCUCCGUUUUGUAAUGAGAUGUAGUAUUUACUUUUAACAUAGGCUCAUUUGGAACCGGAGUUCUGAGGAGGAGGGAGUGAGGGUUCUGCUAUUGACUGACUUGAGUGAUGGCUCCUCCUCCAAAGGUGUAGGCUCCAGUUUCCUAACAUAGUAAAAUGUGAAGAGCAGACAAAGGAGAUGUUAGUGUCUUUCCCUUUUCAUUAAAGGUGUUUUAACCAAA